AUGGACGAAACGAAUCCUUUCCGGUCAGAGACUCUGGAAUAUCGAGGCUACGACCCGGACGAGCACGAUGCCUUCUUUGCCGCACUGCAAAAGGAACCCCUAGCCCUCGUCAGCUCCUCCGCCUCUGUCUUGCGGCCGAUGAACAAGAAGGCGAUUGAAGAAAAUUUGAAGGAUCUGAUCGAAAAGUCGCUCCUAUUCGUUAUUGUCUACAGAGUCGAUCUAGACCCGAGGUUGGCGAUUGAUGUCGUGCGUGAGCAUCAGGGUAAGGGCUACGGCGCAGAGAUGCUAGACUGGACACUGGCGUGGGCGUUCCGGAAGGCUGGGCUGCACCGCGUCGAGCUCGAGUAUCUGGGCUGGAAUGAGCGGGUGAGACCGUUGUAUGAGCGAGCAGGAUUCGUGGAAGAGGGGAGAAGGAGGAAGUGUUUCUUCAAAGAUGGGAAGUGGUGGGAUGAGGUUUUGAUGGGCAUUCUUGAAGACGAGUGGACAGCUCGGUCGCAGAGGGCCAGACAAGCUUGA